UCUUUAAGGUUUUUUUUAAUUGAACUGAAAUUUAGUUUGAUAUCUUUAAGAUAGAUUGAUUAUCAAAAGAAAUAUAUGAUACAAUAAUAGCCUUAUCAAUGGUUUAAAAUAAAAAUGUACAGCAUGUAUGAAAGUAUAAGAACAGUGUUGACACCUGAUUUGAAUACUGUAAACACUGUUUGAUUUUUAUUUUAUUUUAUUUUAUUUUAUUUUAAUUUAUUUAUUUAUUUUUACUGUUUAAGACAUGUUCUGGUGUCGGCUGUGACAGCUGGUUCUGUCCUUAAUAUAUAAGGUUCUGUCAUGUUCAGUUGGAAAAAAAUACUUCAAUUUUCCUGUUUGACGUCAUAACUAUUUCCGCUUCCGGCUUCAUCCGCUACGUCUUGACAGACACCAUGACAUCCUGCAGCCGGGUAUUUUGGGAUCUCUGAGGCUUCACGAGUGCGAUGUCAGCCAAAAGCCACAGCUCCGUGCUACAGGGCGAAGGUUCCAGAUCCUCCGUUGAGAUUUACAUCGAUGAAGAAAUCAAGAAUGCAAUAAACAUUUCUUUGAGGAGGUUUUACUGCAGUGAAGAAAAAGAGAUUGAAUUUCCUCCCUCCUUGUCUCCAGCUGAGAGAGCCUAUGUUCAUCAGUUGGCACAGACUUUGGGAUACAUUUCUAGGAGCAAAGGGAAGGAACCAAAUCGUCUACUCAUUGUAAAGAAGAGGGAUGUUUUUAAGAAGGUUCAGCCUAAACUUCCCCUCACAGUCUCCCAGAAUUCCAAGGAUAUUAUCCACAGUCUGCUUCAAAGGUUAACGUCUUCCAGAAAAGACCACAUGGACAAACUGCCCAGCAGCAGAAGGGGCAUAACGGCCAUAGAACCUGACAGCUACUAUGACAGAAACAGAGCCAGUGGACGCCUAAAUAAAGGUAUUCCGAUGGUACCAAAAAAGAGAAGUUCCUCAGAACUGGACGAUUUUCGAUCAGCCUUGCCUAUCUGUGAAAACCGGGAGGAGAUUUUACAACUUAUUCAGCAGAACCAGGUGGUGCUUGUUUUGGGAGAAACUGGCUCAGGAAAAACUACACAGAUACCACAAUUUCUGUUGGAUGACUGCAACAAUAGUGCACAACCCUGUAGGAUUUUCUGCAGUCAGCCCAGGCGGUCAGCGGCCAUUGCUGUCGCUGAGAGAGUGGCAGCUGAGAGAGGAGAGCGUGUUGGCCAGACCAUUGGUUACCAUAUCAGACUGGAGAGCAGGGUCUCCCCCAAAACCCUGUUGACCUAUUGCACAAGUGGAGUUCUCCUCAGAACAUUAAUGGCCGGAGAUGCCAGCCUUUCAACAGUCACUCAUGUUAUUGUGGAUGAGGUGCAUGAACGUGACGGUCUGACGGACUUCCUGCUCACAAAAAUGAGAGAUGUGCUCAAGAAGAUCCCUUCCCUGAAACUGGUUCUAUCUAGUGCAUCAUUGGAUGUAGACCUUUUCAGUCGGUACUUUGGGGGCUGUCCUGUUCUCUGUCUCAAAGAAACACAGUUUGAAGUGAAGGAACUCUUUUUGGAGGACGUUCUGAAGCUGAUUAGUUUUAAAGAAAAGACAGAAACAAAAUGUUUGUCCGAGUGCUGUGCUGCAGUGGAGCAAAGUUCUCUUGGAGAUGAGCAGAAGGAUAUUUUAUCUCCAAACGCCCGUCCUGCCAGUGGAUGUGGAGAUGAUGACAAGAGUUCCAUCAGCCAGACGGGUGAGAAGAGCUCUAUUCAUACUGAGACACGGCUGCAAAGAGAGAUAGACUCCUGCAUCUCCAGCAUUUUUUUUAAUGAAGACCAAGAGAUUUUCUGUCAGCUUUUCAACCUGAUCCUGAAUGAAGGUGUUAAUGUUGACUGCUCACACAGUGAGACUGGUGCGACACCUCUGAUGAUGUCAGCCGGCCGAGGAUUCGUCACACAGAUGCAGCAGCUGCUUAGCCUUGGUGCUGACUCCAACAAAAGGGACUCCAAUGGAUGGACGGCUUUGGACUUUGCCAAACAUUUCCAUCAUACAGAAGCUAUAGAUCUGCUCCAGUGUUGCAAGUCUCCAGAAAUAGAAAGCACAUUGGAAGAAUCCAUUCUGGUUCAGAGCAAUUAUGUGGAAACAAACGAUGAUGACAAGGAUCUACUUAGACUGUACCACCACAGCUUUGAUGACGAGUCGUUGGACCUGGAGCUCAUCAUGACUCUGCUUCACAAUAUCUGCUCUACCAGCAGUGAUGGUGCUGUUCUGAUUUUCCUUCCCGGGUAUGAUGAAAUAGUGGCACUGAGGGAACGCAUUCUUAAUGAAGAUACAUUCUGCACACACCCAGAGAGCUACCAGGUAUUGAUCUUACAUUCAGACAUGCACACCCUGGAUCAGAGAACGGCCAUGAAGCCCUCUCCACCUGGCAUCCGAAAAAUCAUUCUCUCCACUAACAUUGCUGAAACAAGCAUCACCAUCAACGAUGUAGUCUUUGUCAUCGACUCUGGGAAAGUCAAAGAGAAGUAUUUUGAUGCACUCAGUCAUACAUCUCUGUUAAAGAUAUCAUGGAUCUCUAAAGCCAGUGUUCUGCAAAGGAAAGGAAGAGCUGGACGCUGCCGCCCAGGUUAUUGCUUCCACCUUUUCAGUCGAUUCCAAUUCAGAAACAUGCUGGAGUUUCCGGUUCCUCAGCUGCUGCGAAUGCCUCUACAGGAGCUAUGCUUGCAGACCAAACUUCUGGCUCCCUCUUCCUGUCUCAUUGGAGACUUCCUGUCCAAAGCCCCACAGCCUCCUCUUGCUCAUGCUGUAAACAGUACUGUGCAGAUUCUGAAGAAAAUAGAUGCUCUUGAAGAGAAUGAGGACCUGACUGACCUUGGCUACCACCUGGCUGAUUUACCUGUGGAGCCUCAACUGGGAAAGAUGGUGCUGUGUGCUGUAGUGCUCAAGUGUCUCGACCCCAUCCUCACCAUUGCCUGUGCUUUGGCCUAUCGUGACCCGUUCAUCCUUCCCACUGAGAGCUCUCAGAAGAGAUCCGCUCUCAAUUGUCGCAAACGCUUUGCUUCUAAUUCCUUCAGCGACCACAUGGCCUUGCUAAGAGCGUUCCAGGCAUGGCAGAAGGCUCGCAGUGAUGGGUGGGAGAGAACUUUUUGCGAGAAGAACUUUCUAUCUCAAGCUACCAUGGACAUGAUUCUAGGCAUGAGGACGCAGCUGCUUGGACAUCUUCGUGCGAUUGGUUUCGUGCGAGCCCGUGGAGGAAGUGACAUCCGUGACGUAAAUCUUAACUCAGAAAACUGGGCGGUGGUUAAGGCUGCUCUGGUGAUGGGCCUUUAUCCAAACCUCAUCCAAGUCAACACGAAGGGCUCUCUGCUUUCCAGCCUUGAAGAAAAAAAAGUUCACUUUCAUCCCACAUGUGUCCUAAGUCAGCAAGUCAAUGAGGAGAAUACAUCAGCUGAAAAUGAACUGGCCCUUCCAACAGACUGGUUGAUCUAUGAUGAGAUGAGCCGGGGUCACAGGGUGGCUCGUGUCCGUUGCUGCUCCUUAGUGACUUCAAUCACAGUUGCCAUUUUUGGAGGACAUGCCAGACUGCCAUGCUCCACGUUAGAAGACGAUGCUGCACACCAAACAAAUGUGAGUGGAAAUGACAGUGACAUAGAAGACCUGGUUGAGAUGAAGAUUGAUGAGUGGCUUGUCUUCCUGAUGGAAAAAGAGACUGCAGGAUCAGUGUUUGAAUUAAGAAAAAAGUGGCAACAAUUAUUUGGAAAGAGGAUUUGCUGUCCUUCAAAGCCUUGGUCUCAGCAGGAUGAGGAUUUUCUUUGUACCCUAGUCUCUGUUCUAGGAGUUGAGGAGCAGAAAGCAGGCUUGCAGCAACCCACAGGGAUUGGCCAGCGGCCAAAGCCCAUGUCAUCAGAGGAAGUGCCGAAGAUGUCUGUGAUUACUCCUAAGAACAGUUCUGGAGGAACAAUCAGCAUCUCAAGGCCUUGUCCACUGACACACUCAGAUCUAAAGAUGAAGGCCAAGCACAGAGAAGACGUGCAGUCUUCCAGUGGUUCGUUGUGCUCUGUUAACAUGGACACUUCAAGCAUCUCCUGGACUCUAUCUUCAGAAAAGCCAGUGCCCGUGCUGCCUGUCUUUUCCUCCGUCCGAUACUUCAUCAUGAAGAGCAGCAACAUGAGGAACCUUGAAAUCUCUCAGCAGAAGGACAUCUGGUCUACCUCCCCAACCAACGAGAGUAAACUCACUAAAGCUUUCAACUGCAACAGCUUUGUCAUCCUCAUCUUCUCUGUUCAAGGCUCUGGACACUUCCAGGGCUAUGCCAGAAUGACAUCAGCCGUCCAUUUGGAAAACGGUCAGGACUGGGGCUUUGUUGGACUUGGAGGGGUUUUCUCUGUUGAGUGGAUCCACAAGGAGAAUCUCUCUUUCCAGUACACGCAACACAUUCUCAACCCUUGGAAUGACAAUAAAAAGGUCCAAAUCAGCAGGGAUGGACAAGAGUUGGAGCCACAGGCAGGCCAUCAGCUCCUGAUGCUGUGGGACAGAGUCUUUGAAGAAGGAUGUCUGACUUCCAUUGUUCAAGCUCUGGUCUGAAGAGAGGGUCCAGGCGUCGCUGGAGAAAGUUGCCCAGUUUAUACUAGUUCAUUUUCAGUUUUCAGUCUGUUUAGAAUGAGAUGCCAUUCUUCUGGUGCUUUCAGUGAAGGAGAUGAGAUAGCAAACUGUGUUUUGUUUGGAUUUUAUUAUUUUUUAAUCCUUGAAAUCAAGGAAAUCAAAUCUGCUUUGCUGUUUUGCUGCAACUCAAGCAUCGGUUUCCUUCAUCUGCAGACACAGAACAGAGUUGUUUUUUUCUCAUUAUCAGGUUGUGUUGGUGGAUUCAAAUGAAUGUUAGUAGUUCUUGAAAAUCAUUUUGUGUUGUCCCAUCUCAGUUCUCAUCAAAACUUUACAAAUAAAAUGUUAUCUUAAGUUUGUACAAUCAUGAAAA